CGCAGGAUUCAAACCGCAAAGAAACACUCAAUUAGAGGACAAUUCUGCCGGGGAUGGCAGCGGCAGCGGCAGCGACGCUGACACCCACGCAACGUGACCAUUAGCAGAGACCACAAAGUAAAUGGAUUUUAGAGAGAAUCAAAUCACAAAUUUUUGGAUAUAAUUUCUAAGCAUUGCCAAUCCAGAAAAAGGUGUAAAUAAUUGAGGCGAAAAACUUGGCCCUUAUGACUUUCAACUUCAGUGCUUAUCCAAGCCCAACUUGUGUGACUUAAUUCGAUCAAAUCGCCGGCACAACAGCAACAUGAGACUGCUGGCGACAAAGUGCAACGGCAACCACAACAAUUUGCAAUUGUUGCCACAAAAGAAUCUCAAUUUGCAAUCACUGAUUAACUCAAUGGAAGCCAAUUUUUAUUGAAUGCAAAACAAUAAAAGUAAGUUCGAUAAGCGAAUAUAUAUUUGAAAACAUUAUGGCAACAGCUGUCCUGGAGGCGAGCGAAACAAAAUUGGAGUUGGUGUGCGACGAGUGUGAUUAUUAUGGUUCUACAGACACGAUAUUUACCGAUAACAGCACUCAAACCGAUGGCUACGAUGAUGAUGAAUCGGAGUUAAAGCCUCUGAAACCCAGAUUAAGUCAAAUUGUGGAAGAGGAAUUGGAAAUGGAAGGGGAUAUGGCCAAGGAAACGGAAGUGGUGACGGUGAAAGUGGAGACAAAUGGUAUACGAAAUGAUAACGAGAAUGAUAAUGAUAACGAUAACAAUAAUGAUGCUAGUGAUGAGCAACCGUUGAAGGAAGCCUCAAUAAAUGAAGAGGAUUCAAAAGAGGAUGUGGAGAUUCUGGAGGAAUCUACAAAACAGGUGCCAAAUGAGUCUGAUGAGGAACAGGAAAUCGAUGAAGUGGCCAGGCUAACAGGUUUGGCCUUGGGCAUGGGCUAUGCCCGUAUUAUAGACUACGAUAACUUGCGGAUAAUCGAACAUGUUAUCGAAAGCGACGAUGACGAUGAUGAUGGCGAUGGCGAUGAUAAUGAUAAUGAAAAGGAAAGGUCAAGGAGCAAGGCAAACACAUCGGCGGAAUUGCAGCAGGCCUGCCAUGAUUUGGUGACUUUCAUCGGUGAAAGCUAUCAGGUAAUCGAAAGGUCAGGUCACAAUCGUGAUCCCCCAGCCACAUUGCAGGUGGUGGACAAUAAUAACAACAAUCGAAACAGUGAAAUAUCGCCCCGGGGAAUUGGUUCUAGCCAAAGUCGUACCAAAACCGUUAAAGAAAAUCAAAAAGCCAGCACAAGUGCAACGGCAACGGUAACAGGAACAGCAACGACAUCACCAUCCACGAGUAGUGCUUUGAUCAAAGCCUAUAAAUCGAAUUUGACGCCGUUGGCGCCACCAUUUCAGCCGGCCGCCCUGAAGGCCAAGCAACUGCAACUGCAACAGUCAUCAAUGGCCAGCAGCAGCAGCAGCAGCAACAUGCAGACAGUGGCCAGCAGCACCAGCAACAUGACUUCAUCGGUGACGACAACAGCAACGAAUGCUCUGGGCUAUGCCGCCUACGAACAGACCACUGUAUAUUAUCAGCAGCAGAUACAACAGCCGCAGCAACAGCAGCAACAGUUGUCACCCAAGCAGCAGCAGCAGCAGCAACACUGUGCUCAACAUUCCGGCUUGCCGCACAUUCAUGGCGCCCAGCUAAUGCCCGUGCAAUUGAUUACCUUGACGCCACCAUCAGUAGCUGCUGCUGUAGGGGCAGCAGGAGCAGCUACAGCAGCGGGAGCAGCAACUCCUGCUGCAACAUCAGCGGGUGGCACAGUAGCAGCAGCAGCAUCCUUAACUGGCGCCGCCUGGCCACUUGUGGAGGCGCCAAUUUACAUUGACAUCAAUGGGGAAUAUCGCAGCUAUUGCCCGGCACAUGGACCGCCGGCAGUGACAGGCCCGCCAAAUGGCGCCAUUGCCCACCAUCCCCAUAUCCAUGGCCAUUCACAUAACCAUUCCCAUCCACAUUCGCAACCCCAUGGCCAUGCCCAUGCCCAUACGCAUUCGCUUCCCCAUUCGCAUACACAUUCCCAUGCCCAGCAACAGCAGCAGCAGCAACAGCAGCAGCAGCAGCAGCUUCAUCAUCACCAUCAGCAGCAUGGGCAGCAUCAGCAAGUGACAAAUGUUAAUGGAAAUAUUGCCCAGGCAGCAGUCGCAGCAGCAGCGGCAGCCGCAGCAGCAUCAGCGCCUCGUUUGCUGCUGCAACUGGACGCCGUUGCUGUCCAGCAACAGCAGCAACAACAGCAGCAGCAGCAACAAAUCAGCAGCAACCAGCAGCAGCAGCAACAGCAACAGCAACAAAUCGUAGCCGCUGGCAAGCGCAGCAAAGUUUAUCGAGGUGAGUGUCUGCGAUUCCGUUUCUCCAUUACAUUAAUCAGAAUCGAUGACGAUGAACCAACGGUUAUAUGGCCUUUUGAUAAAGUUCGCCAUGGUAAUGUCAGAUGCAAUUUUCAAUUGCAUUUGCCGCAGAGUGAUUUAUUUUAUGGUUAAGACAUGGCAUUGACUUAACUACCAAGUUGUGUGUCAAGUAAAAAUAUGCUAAUUACUAUUUUAAAAGGUUCUUGUAAUUAGCGGCAUUUAAGAAGAGUGUUUAUUGGAAUUAAAUGAAGCUAUUU